AUGGCCGCCUCAGCCCGACCCGCCUCCUCGCGGGGGCCGGUGCCGGGGCGGGAGCGGCGCCGGGCAGGGGCGGGCUCGGGGCGGGCUCGGCGCCGCGCGGGAAAGGCCGCGCUGAGCUGGGCUGGGCCGGAGCGGCGGUGGGCGGGAAGGUCGGGCGGAGCUGGGCUGGGCCGGAGCGGCGGUGGGCGGGAAGGUCGGGCGGAGCUGGGCUGGGCCGGAGCGGCGGUGGGCGGGAAGGUCGGGCGGAGCUGGGCUGGGCCGGAGCGGCGGUGGGCGGGAAGGUCGGGCGGAGCUGGGCUGGGCCGGAGCGGCGGUGGGCGGGAAGGUCGGGCGGAGCUGGGCUGGGCCGGAGCGGCGGUGGGCGGGAAGGUCGGGCGGAGCUGGGCUGGGCCGGAGCGGCGGUGGGCGGGAAGGUCGGGCGGAGCUGGGCUGGGCCGGAGCGGCGGUGGGCGGGAAGGUCGGGCGGAGCUGGGCUGGGCCGGAGCGGCGGUGGGCGGGAAGGUCGGGCGGAGCUGGGCUGGGCCGGAGCGGCGGUGGGCGGGAAGGUCGGGCGGAGCUGGGCUGGGCCGGAGCGGCGGUGGGCGGGAAGGUCGGGCGGAGCUGGGCUGGGCCGGAGCGGCGGUGGGCGGGAAGGUCGGGCGGAGCUGGGCUGGGCCGGAGCGGCGCCGCGCGGGAAAGCCGGGCGGAGCUGCGCGGGGGACAAGGAAAGGGAGCCUCGUACUGCGCUUGGGGUGCCGGAGGGGUUGA